AUGGAACCUUCCCUGACAAACCAGCCAGGCUCUAGUAAAACCAGUAUAGAGAGCAACAACUCAGCAUUUUCGUACUUUCAGUCCUGUCAGCCUCCCUCUCUACCCUUACUCCUACUGAUCAUCGCUUACACUGUGGUCUUCAUCAUGGGCCUGUUUGGGAACCUCUCCCUCAUUAUCAUAAUCGUUAAGAAGCAGAGAGAAGCUCAGAGCGUCACCAACAUACUGAUUGCCAACCUCUCCCUCUCUGACAUCUUGGUGUGUGGCAUGUGCGUCCCCUUCACCGUCAUCUACACUCUGAUGGACCACUGGAUUUUUGGGGAUGCCAUGUGCAAGCUCACAUCCUAUGCACAGAGCGUCUCCAUCUCCGUGUCCAUAUUCUCCUUGGUAUUAAUUGCUGUCGAAAGGUACCAGCUGAUUGUGAACCCCCGUGGCUGGAAGCCCAGGAUAGCUCAUGCCUACUGGGGUAUCACGUUGAUUUGGCUCCUUUCUCUUCUGCUCUCUGUCCCUUUACUCCUGUCCAACCACCUCACAGACGAGCCGUUCCGCAACCUCUCUCUCCCCACCGACGUCUACACCCACCGAGUGGCCUGUGUGGAGAUCUGGCCCUCCAAAACGAACCAGCUCCUCUUCUCCACCUCGCUGUUCAUGCUUCAGUAUUUUGUCCCUCUGGGCUUCAUCCUCAUCUGCUACCUGAAGAUCGUCAUCUGCCUCCGCAGGAGGCACAGGAGGGCCGACCGGAAGAGGGAAAAGGAGAGCCGGUUCAGGGAGAACAGGAGGAUCAAUGCCAUGCUCAUUUCCAUCGUGGUGACCUUUGGCGUCUGCUGGCUGCCCUUGAACAUCUUCAAUGUCAUCUUUGACUGGUCCCAUGAGGUGCUGAUGAGCUGUCACCACGACCUGGUAUUUAUAGUUUGCCAUUUGGUUGCUAUGGUUUCUACCUGCAUAAACCCUCUCUUUUAUGGCUUUUUCAACAAAAAUUUCCAGAAGGACUUGCUGAUACUUUUUCACUACUGCUGGUGCUUUGCGCCCCGGGAAAGAUAUGAAAACAUCGCCAUUUCCACGAUGUACACUGAUGAGUCCAAGGGAUCUUUAAGACUGGCUCAUCUACCAACAGGUGUAUAA